UGAGUCAUAAAAUAAAAAAAGUAAACUUUUGUUUCUUUAUGGGGGGUAAAGUGAUGUAUGCCCAUGUUGGUUUGAUGUCUGAAUGUUCCGGUCCAUGUCAAUGUGAAAAAUUGCUAACAAUGGCCAAAAAUAAAAGAGGGAAGGAACGGGGCUUUUUGAGCUCAAGCAGAGGAGUCUUGAAGGCAUUGGGAUUCAUUCCAUGUUGUUCAAAAUGUGCGGUGGACAGGACUUGUUCUCCAGAGUUUGAGCACACCUUUUUGUCCUCAAUUUUAGCAGCAGCAGUCAGCCACAGCCACUUAUUGCACCGUGAAAACAGGAGAUGGAGAAAAAGAGGUGAGGUUGGUUGGUCACUCGGACACGAGGGCUGAGAAAAUGAAAAAAGAAAGAAAAAGAAAUUCCAAGAAACUGCCUACAUGAGAAUUACCUUUCUGAUCACGAAAGUGAAAUUUUUCCAAUCGAGGGGUAGGAGAAAUGCCAGGAUUCUUCGACCCGGAGAAGGCGUUCGAUCAAACGUGUACAGAGAACCUCAGAAAGAAUGCUUCCAAUGCUGCAUUGAAGAUCUUGGCGUUUUAUGCUAUGGUGAUCAUAUGCAAUCUCUUCCACCAUCUCUUGAGGCCUUGGUCCCAACCCCGGAUCACAUCUGACCUUGUAAUAGGGCUCACCGUUGGCAAUAUAGGACCAAUUAAGAACUGGAUAGUUUCUAUACCAGAGGCACUGGAUUCCAUAGUCCACUUCGGAAUGAUAUGCUACAUGUUUGUGCUUGGUUUGGAGAUGGAUCCAUACGUUCUCUUUAAAUGGCCAAACCGAGCCGCGAAAGUAGCCUACGCUGGGAUGCUGUCCACCUUCAUAUUAGCCAGCACCAUAACUCCGUUUUUCCAGUUCUUCAAGGUUACGAGCAUAAUGCGUGUACUUUCCCUUUCCACGGCUCUCUCCGGCACAGCCUCACCGGUUCUUACUCGUGUAAUCACCAGCCAGAAAAUAGGCAAAUCAGACAUAGGACAGCUGGUUAUAGCAGCAGGAAUGCACUCUGAUUUUGUAUCCACCCUCCUAAUUUCUGUGGGUUACAUUGCUUUUCAAGACGUGAGCGAAUCCAAUGGUGCCCAUAUUAAGCGAGCCAUAAUACAGAGCAUUGCACUAUUUGUACAGUCAGUACUCACAGCUCUAGUCUCUCCCUUUUUCUUGAACUGGGUAAAUAAUGAGAACCCAGAAGGGAAGCCUCUGAAGGGCUCGCAUCUUGUGCUGUCUGUGGCUUUCAUGGUCCUUGUAUGCAGCUGCUCGACUUUAUCUGGGUACAGUCCAAUUCUCAGCGCAUUUAUGGCAGGGAUUUUCAUGCCUAGAGAGGGGAGAGUUUCUAAAUGGGCACUUGGUAAAAUAAAUUACUUCUUGACCAGCAUUUUCUAUCCGAUAUUCUUCUUUUGGAUGGGAUAUGAAGCUGAUUUCAAAAUGUUCGAGCCCGGACACCUGAUGACCUGGGCACGGCUAGUGAUCCUUCUUUUAAUAGUGACUGCUGGCAAGGUUGCCGGUAUCAUCAUUUCAGGUGCAAUUCUGGGGUUUAAUUGGCCGGAGUCUGUCAUGAUCGGGUUGCUUCUUACUGUCAAGGGCCACUUCCACAUAUUCUUGGCUCUCGUUGCAAAGCAAACUGGCAAAAUACUGCCUUCAGCCAGCAUUGGGAUGAUACUCGUCAUUUUCUUCACCGUGGUCCAUGCACCAUCUGUUGUUGCAAACAUUAUCAAACGAGCAAGGAAGCGUUCGCCAACACACCGCAUGGCGCUUCAGUGGCUUGACCCGUCGAGCGAACUCAGGAUGUUGUUAUGCCUUCGAGGGCCUCAGGAUGUGUCUUCUAUCAUCAACUUUAUGGAAAUAUCUCGAGGAACUGCUGACCCUGGGAUGGUGGUCUACGUUACUGACAUGAUAGAACUUACGGACCAAAUAGCAGCCACACUGGUGCACGGGGAAAUGGAUAGCAUUACUGUUACAGACAAGGCAGUGACGGAGAUGAGAGAUCAGAUAACUUCUGCAGUACAAUCUUUUGUGGAGGAUAAUGGGGAUGGAAUCACAUUGCGGAGAAUGCUGGCACUCUCGCCAUUCAGCAUCAUGCCCCGGGAUAUCUGCAAUUUGGCAGAGGAUCUGUUGAUCUCUCUUAUCAUAUUACCUUUCCAUAAAUGCCAGCGCGCAGAUGGAACUUUUGAUGCAGGGCAUCCAGGGUUCAGAUUUGUGAACCGUAAGAUGCUUAGGCAUGCUCCGUGCUCCGUUGGGAUUCUAGUAGAUAGAGGGUUCGGAUUGACAGAAAAGAUUUCAGGAUCAUAUGUGUCUCUGAACAUAGCAGUCAUCUUCAUCGGUGGCAAAGAUGAUCGAGAAGCACUUGCCUAUGCCGGUCGUGUGGCGUGGCAUGCAGGGGUGAAACUCACAGUCAUAAGAUUCCUUGUGCAAACCGAUGAAGACAUUUCCUCGAGGAGAGCCAGCAACUACAGAUACAAUGCUGCCGAGCAGGAGCAGGAGAUGAAACUAGACGAUGAGUUCUUUGCCAACUUCUACGAGAAACACGUGGCUGGCGGGCCUGUCGCUUACUCAGAGAAGCAUCUAGCUAAUUCAGCGGAGACGUUUUCAACUUUGAAAUCACUAGAGGGGCAGUACUCACUGAUCAUCGUGGGCCGAGGAGGGAGGGUAAAUUCAGUAUUGACCGUGGGGAUGAAUGAUUUGGAGCAGUGCCCCGAAUUGGGGCCGAUAGGAGAUGUACUUUCGGGGUCUGAUUUCUCUAUAUCGACUUCCAUUUUGAUCAUCCAGCAACCGAAUCUUAGAGGAGAGCUAGAAGGUCUCGAUGAAGAUUUCUCCAUCAUGUAAAUGUCGGUCUUAUAAGAAUUAGCUUACAGCGUCAUGUACUUUAAAGUAGCGCUAGAAAUCUUACUCUUGGUAGGAAUAUGGAAGAACAAGUAAAAAGAUAACUGACAACUCAUAGUUGAAAUUCUGGAAGUGAGAGAGAGA